AUGGGGCUCACCGGUUCGUUGCCGAGCAUUCUGGCGGAUCAUUUACAAAUCAUUGCCGAUAAAAAUGACGAUAAAAGAACAUCAGAAGAAGUCCCUUACUCCGCCGACCCACUGAGCGCAACCUCCAUGCCGGAAGUGCCGUUUGAAACUUUGGAAAUAAAACAGUCGAUCUACGAGUUGCUGCGGCAAAAUUUUUUCGUGUUGUCGCCACGGACCAAUCGGGGCUGGUCCGGCCGGAAAGUCCGAAACUUUGUGGUGAACUUCGUGAAAAAGUGGAACAGCAGCAGCAACAAAAGCCAGAAGAUCGACAUUACCCGGAUUCACGUAACUGGUCCUUCCAUGGGCGGCGCAGGGACGUUCUCCGCCGCGAACAUCGGCGCGCCGGCGAUUUUCGCUACUUGUGUCCCCAUUUGCGCGGCGGGGGGCGUGAUCGCGGAGAAUUUUCCCCUGGCGGAGACGAACGUGUGGGCCUGGCACGCGGUGAACGAUGAGGUGGUGCCCGUGACGGUUUCCGACGAAGCGAUCCAGGCGCUGGAGACUGUUGCGAAGAAGAGGAACAUGAAUGGUACUAAAACUGCAGUCAACGGUGCUAUCAAAUACACGAGAGAACCACACGCCCCGGCCCCCGCGGGGUGGCCGCACUACCCCGGGCACGCGGGCUGGAUGUCAACGUAUCGAUCGAAGGAAUUGUACAGCUGGAUGUUAAAAAGUAAACUGGAAAUGAGCGAGGGAUUGAAGAAACUAUUUGAAGUUGAUAGUACUUCUGCUACGACAGCAGACGGAAAUUUAUCCAAGAGGACGAAGAAAGAUAAUGAAUUGUGAAACCAGCUGCAUCUUGACGACAGGCUCGUUGCUAGACAAAAAG